CGAAGAAAAAAUGUCGACUAGUCGUCAGCUAAGCGAGAGCAGGGCCAUCCCGACCAGGACGGUGUUGAUCAACGAUUCAACGCAGCUACCUCAUGACUACUGUACCACUCCUGGAGGCACUUUAUUCUCUACCACUCCUGGAGGAACGCGGAUCAUCUACGACCGAAAGUUCUUGCUGGACAUGCGCAACUCGCCCAUAGCCCAAACCCCGCCGGUCCACCUGCCUGUCAUCCCCGGAGUGACCAGCCAAAACACGCUCAACGAGAACCGGAAGAACGAAGCCAACAACCACGUCAACAACCACGACGGGAAGCCUGCCACCGGUGAAGACGCUCAGUUUGAAAUGGACAUCUAACAGACUGCUCCUGCACUGGCAAGAAAAACAACAACAAAAACACAAGAAAAAACAAAAGUAAAUGACCUGGCAUGUGCCAGUGGCUUGGCUUAUUAGAAAACCAAUGUUGUUGAGCCCUCAUGGCAGCCAUCUUUUUUCGCUCUCCGCCUCCUUGCAGUUGGAUGUAAAUGUUUCUUUUACGGGGAUUCAGUGCGUACUGGUAAUGGAAACUGGGUUUCUUUGAAUCUAUAUCCAUAGCUGCUAUACUAUUCAAGCACCACACAACAAUGGAGCUUAUCGUGCACACAUUACUGGCUGUGGAUCUUUAGCGGAGCACUCCCUCAAACCCAUACUCUUGGUCGGAAGUGGCUGGUUUUUUUCAAUGUUAUUUUGGCCUUUAAGUUCGGAUUUUUGUUGUUGAAAAGCAUAUAAUUUAUUUUCGUCCCCCUUUUUGCGGAUAUUGGAAGUACCGUAUUUUUCGCAGUAUAAGUCGCUCCGGAGUAUAAGUCGCACCGGCCGAAAAUGCAGAAUAAAGAAGGAAAAAAACAUAUAUAAGUCGCAUUUUUGGGGGAAAUGUAUUUGAUAAAAGCCAACACCAAGAAUAGACAUGGCAAUUUAAAAUAAAUAAAGAAUAGUGAACAACAGGCUGAAUAAGUGUACGUUAUAUGAGGCAUAAAUAACCAACUGAGAACGUGCCUGGUAUGUUAACGUAACAUAUUAUGGUAAGAGUCAUUCAAAUAACUAUAACAUAUAGAACAUGCUAUACGUUUACCAAACAAUCUGUCACUCCUAAUCGCUAAAUCCCAUGAAAUCUUAUAUGUCUAGUCCAGGGGUCGGCAACCCAAAAUGUUGAAAGAGCCAUAUUGGACCAAAAAUACAAAAACAAAUCCGUCUGGAGCCGCAAAAAAUUAAAAGCCAUAUUACAUACAGAUAGUGUGUCAUGAGAUAUAAAUUGAAUUAAGAAGACUUAAAGGAAACUAAAUUACCGUACCUCAAAUAUAGCUACAAAUGAGGCAUAAUGAAGCAAUAUGUACAUAUAGCUAGCCUAAAUAGCAUGUUAGCAUCGAUUAGCUUGCAGUCAUGCAGUGACCAAAUAUGUCUGAUUAGCACUCCACACAAGUCAAUAACAUCAACAAAACUCACCUCUGUGCACUCAUGCACAACGUUAAAAGUUUGGUGGACAAAAUGAGACAGAAAAAGAAGUGGCAUAAAACACGUCCCCGAAAGUCGGAGAAAGUUGUACAUGUAAACAAACUACAGUGAGUUCAAGGACCGCCAAAAUUAGUAGGACAAAACGGCGCUCGCCAAAUACUCGAAUCAGAGAAGCAUGUUUAAUAUAAACAGUGUGCUUUAUAACAAUUAGGGAGGUUUGUGUCAUGUUUGUCCUCCUACAGAAACCAUAUUUAAACAAAAAAUAUAUUUGUUUCCCCUCAUCUUUUUCCAUUUUUCAUACAUUUUUGAAAAAGCUCCAGAGAGCCACCAGGGCGGCGCUAAAGAGCCGAGCCGCGGGUUGCCGAACCCUGGUCUAGUCUCUUACGUGAAUGAGCUAAAUAAUAUUAUUUGAUAUUUUACGGUAAUGUGUUAACAAUUUCACACAUAAGUCACACCCCCGGCCAAACUAUGAAAAAAACUGCGACUUAUAGUCCAAAAAAUACGGUACUUGAAAAGCUCCACGAUGGUUUCAAGGAUGCGUAUUUUCCUAUUAGUCAGCACUUUCAUGCCAUUCCACUAUUUAUUAACGCAAACCCUUUGCCAUUUAUUAUGACAAAUUCUGUGUUUAUUCUGACGAGUUUCUCCACUGUUAUUGAAGGCAGCUAGCUAAAUUGUCCCUAAAUCAGGAGUCUGCAAGGAGUCCAUUCGUAGAUUGUAAAUGACAUAAAAUUAAACACAGUCUGCACUGGCCUAUAGCAAAGAAAAAUUGGCAGACGACCUGUACAACUGACAGAAUAGGCUUUCCUUUAAUGCAGGACAUCACACAAUGGUGGUGUGUAUUUCUCAUAUUUGAAUAAUAUCCAUAAUAGGGUAAAAAAAGAGGGUACUUUUGUUACUUAUACCACAAAGCUGAAUUUUUUCUUCCAAUAUACACCUUCUCAUUCAAUGGGUUUUCUUUAUUUUCAUGACUAUUUACAUUGUAGAUUGUCACUGAAGGCAUCAAAACUAUGAAUGAACACAUGUGGAGUUAUGUACUUUAACAAAAAAAAGGGAUACAACUGAAAACAUGUUUUUUAUUCGAGUUUCUUCAAAAUAACCACCCUUUGCUCUGAUGACUGUUUUGGCAUUCUUUCAAUGAGCUUGAAGAGGUUUUUCACCUCACAGGUGUCGUAGUUUUUAUGCCUUCAGUGACAAUCUACAAUGUAAAUCAGGCCUGCGCAAUUAUUUGACUCGGGGGGCCAGAUUUAGAUAAAAAAAAGUGUGUCUGGGGGCCGGUACAUCUAUUUUUAGGACCACUAAUACAAAACCUCACAAUAAUGAUUGAAAGCUAAAAACGUUAUGACAGACCGCCUUAAAAAACGGAAUGGAAUUUGACAUUUUUUUACGGAAUGAGACACCCAGAAUGUACAUGAAAAAAAAGAAUGUGGGAUUUACAAUAUUAACUAUGAAGGAUAAAACACUGAAUAUUGACAACAUAUUUUACAAUCAACCAAAAUGCAACCAAACUGCAAAAAACUUAGUGAAAUAUGAACACGAAGGGUAAAAAAAAAACCCCACCUACAAUCUGAGAUAUCUUAUAGUGACCAAAGUAACUAAUUAGAUGACCAUAGUAACUAAUUAGAUGACUAUAGUAACUACUAUAUCAUGCAGAUUCCAAGCAUUGAAAGACUUAGUAUAGUUGAAGACCCACGGUCAUUAGAAAACAUCACUGCACAUCAUAGUGGCAGCUACACUUUACAUCUUAAACAUCUAAAACAAUUAUUUAGGAAUGUCCGGCGGGCCAGAUUGAAAAGCUCAACGGGCCUUAAUUUGCCCAGAGUCAUGAAAAUGAAGAAAACGCAUUGAAAUGAGAAGGUGUGUCCAAACGUUUGGCUUGUUCUGUAUUUAAUUGCUUAACCCAUAUUUAACAAACACUAGAUUGAUUUUUGAUCUAUUGAAAUACACCAAUAAAUGUAAUCUAUGUGGCCCUUAGGGGAAGAAAAAAUUGGAUCCCCCGGCCCUAAAUGGUGGGAAUUAUAAUAAUCCCCUGCCAGGAUAAAUUCAUAUCUCUGCUUCCUCCAGAUUUAUUUUGAAAGUUUGGGUGCAUUUAAAAGAUGAGCAAAAUGAGGAAGCUUAGCUAAGAAAUAUUGAAAGUUGGUCACUUUUUUGGGUGAAAUAACUGUUUAAGAGAUAAUUUCCACAAACAAAUAAUUAUGUAAGAAAGACAAUAAACACAUUAACAUGCCAUUUUUGCCACUCCCAACUAGGGAUGUCCCGAUCCAGGUUUUUGCACUUCCGAUCCGAUCCGAUAUUGUUUUUGCACUUCCGAUCCGAUACCGAUACUGACCGAUACCGAUACUGACCGAUACUGGCCUAUCCGAGCACGUAUUAAAGUUAUUUAGCCUACUUAGUUGUCAGAAUCAUGUUGAAAAGGGUUUUAGUACUCUUGAUAACAACUAGCCAGCUGAAUUAGGGGAGUUUGAAUAAUACACAAUGGUUGGUAACAAGAAACUGACCUGUUUAUUCAAGGAUAAACACAAAAUAGACAAAAUUAUACAUGACAAACAGAAAUGGCAUCAUUGAACUAGGGCUGGGCGAUAUGGCCUUUUUUUAAUAUUGCGAUAUUUUAAGGCCAUAUUGCGAUACACGAUAUAUAUCUCGAUAUUUUGCCUUAGCCUUGAAUGAACACUUGAUGCAUAUAAUCACAGCAGUAUGAUGAUUCUAUGUGUCUACAUUAAAACAUUCUUCUUCAUACUGCAUUAAUAUAUGCUACUUUUAAAUUGUCAUGCAGAGAGGGAAAUCACAACUAAAAAAAAUCACUAUUUUUUUCAUACGGUGUUGAUCUGGAAAUGUUUGCCUCGGCAUUUUGAUGGUGUGGACGUGUGGCACCGAGACGCUUACAAUAUUUGAACAAUGAUGACGAAAACUGUUUUCUCUGUCGUGUCCGUGUGUCGAAAAUUGUUAUGCGCUUAUUUUUUUAUUUGAUUUUGUGCGUGGCAUAGAUUUGCCGUGCGCAGAGGACGCUUGAGCAGUGCGCACCUUAGCGGCUGCGCUAGCAUCACAGCUAACGUUAGCCAUGCUGCUACCUCGCUCUCUGCUGGGAGAGGACGUAUACGUAUGUGACGUAUGACGUGACAGUAAGUGAUGUGUGUAAGAAGGUGCGCUUGCUGUCUGUAAGAGGGAGACAGGAAAGAGUGAAAAGAGCCUGUCGUGUAAUGCCAGCAGCUAAAAGCAACUGCGUGAGAAUCCACAGACCUGUGGAUGUGUUGAAGGUGUGCUGGAAAAUGCGGAACGGAAAUUAGGGAGCAGCAGAAAAGUGGAAUGCAUUAUUUAAAUCGGUGCGUUGGAAAACACGGACCGGAGUUUUUUUUCAACUGGAUCUGGAUCGGCAUUUUCCCAUGCCUUGCCAAUACGCAUUUUUUUUGCAAAUAUCGGCUGCUGAUCCGAUCCAAAUAUCGGAUCGGGACAUCCCUACUCCCAACUUUACUUGAAUAUUUAGACCUGUGAAAAGACAGCCCAUUGUUCGUUUUGGGCGAAGGUUUGUCUUUGGAAGACUUGAAAUGAUCUAGAAAUGUUGUAUGCGUUUGAUUUUCUUGAAUUUAAAAAAAAAUGCAUCUUACUGUAACGAGGGUCUUGUUUGGCUUUAGAAGUGAUUUGUGAGAAGGGUCACUCAAAUGGUGCCAUCUGCAAAUCUGUCCCCAGUGUCCUUAAUUAUUUCUACUGUAACGGCCGUAUUUUAUUUGACAUUUUUAACGUGUCGCGUAAGUGUGCCCACGCCUUACUUAAAUGCAAUGCAGUACAUAAAACCUACAGGCCAUUGAUUUGUACUACUGCAAACAGAUGUUUAUUUUUUCACUGUAAACGUUGGACAUUGUAUUCAGCAACUGAGCAAAAAAAAAAAACAGGAUUACUUUUUUUUUUUUUUUUGUUCUUUUUCCUUAAGCGGGUGUGGAGUUUGAAAGAACAGUGUCACGGAUGAGCAACCCACAUAAAUUGAGUGAUUGUUUUAUUUAUUUACAACAAUUCACCCCUAUUUUAAAUGUAUCUUUUUUUUGUUUACUGUCCUAAAAUUCUGGAGUGAAAAUGUAUUUCAAGUCAGUUUGGUUGGACAAUGAGGGCUUAACAUUGUACGAUAAAUAAAUAUAUAAAAAAAACAAGAUUUGGAACAUGCUUAUUGUAACUUUCUGUUCUGAUUAAACUUUAUUUUUCAUGAAACACCCAAAAACAAAAUGCCAGUGGACGCUGUUGCGACAAGAUCAAUAAAGUUCUGUAACAAACAAAAAAACAUGAUUGUGCAGUACUCUUUAUUAUUUUGGUGAGAAUGUUUUUUGUUAUGUUUGUUGUCUUCUCCCUGCCUUCUCUAUUGGUUUUUCAGU